CCGAAGACGGCGGCCGCCACAACUGGCCCUGGUGUGUGGAGGAUAAACGGCCGACCCAGCCAUCGCGGCGGCCGGUCAAAGGAAAGAGGUAGCGAAGACCAGGAGUUCAGUUUCAGCGAAGACAGGGAAAGAACCCGUGAAGGUGAUGACCGUCGCUGCAGCGUCUCCACGGGAAGCGUAAGUGAGGACAUUAUCUUCUCCAUCAGUGACUCCAGAAGGGUCAGUGAAGACCUGGGUCACCGCCGCGGUGGUUCUCGGGAGACAGUUAGGGGAGAUAGUGGCCACGGUCACAGCAGCUCUUGGGAGAGAGUGAGAGGAGACCGCGGAUUUGGCAGCAGCGACAUCCGUUUCAGUGAAGUGGGCGGCCACCACUCUAGUGACUCUGGGGGAACCGGCAGAGAAGACUGCGGCCGCCACCUCUGUAGUACCUGGGAGGGGGUCAGGGAAGUCCGCGGCCCCGGAACCAGCGACUCUGGGGAAAGGGGCAGUGAAGACCGCAGCCUCCGCCUCAGUGACUCUUGGGGAGGAGGGAGUGUUGAUGGCGGCCUCAGCUUCAGUAGUUCCUGGGAGGGAGUAAGUGAAGAUCGCGGCUACGCGGCCAGCGACUCCUCCCAGGUGAGCGGCAGCCAAGACUCCAGCCGCCGCCUCAGUGGUUUCUGGGAGAAGGAAAGUGAAGACGGAGGGUUCCGCUCCAGGGGCUCCUGGGAGAGAGCAAGGGAGGACGGCGGCCCUGGUCCUAGCGAAGACGAAAGCGGUCUCUGCGGUGGCUCAUGGGUGACAGCCAGUGAAGACCGUCGCAGCAGCAGGGGCCUGGACUCAUCUCCACCCCGGAGUUCGUGGGACCGCACCAUGCCCGGGGUGCCCGGGUCAGGCCCCUCCACCUCCUCCACGGAGAACGCAACCCCGUUAGGCGCCAGGAGGAAAGUGCAUUUUGGUAGCAUACAUGAUGCAGUACGAGCUGGAGAUGUAAAGCAGCUUUCAGAAAUAGUAGAACAUGGAACCAACAUUAAUGAAGUUGAUAUUCUCCAUAAAUUUACCCCUUUACAUUGGGCAGCACAUUCUGGAAGUUUGGAGUGUCUUCAUUGGCUCCUCUGGCAUGGGGCCGAUAUUACUCUAGCAACUACAAGAGGCUGGACAGCAGCUCACAUAGCUGCAAUCAGGGGUCAGGAUGCGUGUAUGCAGGCUCUUAUAAUCAAUGGGGCGAACCUGGCAGCUCAGGAUGACCGUGGUUGCACUCCUGUACACCUUGCUUCUACACACGGACAUUCCUUCACUUUACAAAUAAUGCUGCGGAGUGGAGUGGAUCCCAGCAUAACUGAUGCGAGAGAAUGGAAACCUGUACAUUAUGCAGCUUUUCAUGGACGGCUUGGCUGUUUGCAACUUCUGGUUAAAUGGGGAUGUGGCAUAGAAGAUGUGGACUACAAUGGGAACCUUCCAGUUCACUUAGCAGCCAUGGAAGGCCACCUUCACUGUUUUAAGUUUCUACUCAGUAGAAUGAGCAGUGCAACGCAAGCUUUAAAAGCAUUCAAUGAUAACGGAGAAAAUGUACUGGAUCUGGCCCAGAGGUUCUAUAAGCAGAACAUUUUACAGUUUAUCCAGGGGGCUGAGUAUGAAGGAAAUGAUCCAGAAGAUCAGGAAAGUUUAGCAUUUCCAGGUCAUAUGGCUGCCUUUAAGGGUGAUUUGGAAAUGCUUAAAAAAUUAAUAGAAGAUGGAGUAAUUAAUAUUAAUGAACGUGAUAAUAAUGGAUCAACUCUUAUGCAUAAAGCUGCUGGACAAGGCCACAUAGAGUGUUUGCAGUGGAUAAUUAAAAUGGGAGCAGACAGAGAUAUUACCAACAAAGCAGGGGAGAAACCCAGUGAUGUGGCUAAGAGGUUUGCCCAUUUAGCAGCAGUAAAGCUGUUAGAGGGGCUACAGAAAUAUGAUGUAGAUGAUGAGGAUGAAAUUGAUGAAAAUGAUACAAAAUUUUUUAUGAGACAUGGUGUUGAGGGCAGCACUGAUGCCAAGGAUGAUUUAUGUCUUAAUGAGUCGGAUAAAACAGAUGCCAGAAUGAGAGCCUAUAAGAAAAUUGUGGAACUGAGACAUCUCCUGGAAAUUGCUGAGAGCAACUACAAACACUUGGGAGGGAUAACAGAAGAGGAUCUAAAGCAGAAGAGAGAACAACUGGAAUCUGAAAAGACUAUCCAAGAGCUGCAGGGCCAGCUGGAGUACGAACGCCUGCGUAGAGAACAGUUGGAAUGUCAGCUGGAUGAGUGUCGAGCGGAGGUGGAUCAGCUUAGGGAGACCCUGGGAAAUACGCGGGUCCCCAAAUUUAUCACAGCGGAAAAUGACUCUUCUUGUGAGUCAAGCAAAGAGAAGAGGCAAGUGAAGAAAAAAGUGUCUUCUGGGGGCGUUUUUGUGAGAAGGUACUAAUCAGUGAAAUAACUUUAAAUAAACUUGCUUGAUUUUUCUCUUUUAUUUUAAAAAUUGGUGUUAAUCUAUGUAAACUCUUUCAAAAAUAUUCUGAUGCACUGUAACUCCAAAUCUGAAGGGAGAAAUAUGUUACAGAACAUCAAAGGAAUUGUUAAAAUUACAUGGACUCAGUUGUACUCCACUCCCGAUAUAUCCUUUUUAUAUUUAUGUGGGCAAGUCAAGAUUCUAGAUUUAUUAGUAAUUUACAUAUAAACUUUAAAAUAUAAUAUGGUAGUGUCUAGACUUCAAAAGAAAUCCAGUACUAGAUAUUAAAAAUUGUUUUAGAUAUUAAAAAUUAUUGAAAUUUCUAUCAUAGCAUCAUAAUGGAAUUAUAUUUCUUUUACUUGCUAGAGACUACCAUUUCCUAUUACUAGGGAAGAUAUUAAUUUUGUAACUUUUAAACUUUUCAAAUGACUUUAAAAAGCAUCUGGACUUGGAAGAAAAAUGCAACAUAAGACCAGUAACUUUUAGAAACAGACAACUUUACAAUAACAACCAAGUAUUUCACUCAGGAAAGUUUUACAAAAAAUGGAGAACAGUGCUUGCUAAAGGAGAAAAACAAAACUGUAAUGUAUACUUACUAAGAAUGCCCAUUUUAAAUAAAACCUGCUUUAAAAUUCAAACAUUGC